UCGAGAAUCUAUGAGCGGACUUAAUCAGCUGCCGUUUCACAUGUUAUCACUCUCAAUCUCAACACUCCAAACCAGAGCUGCACUCUCUUCGCUCAGAACACUUCGCCUCUUCACCAACAACAACUUCUUCAAAUCCUCAUCUCCUUCGCGGAGGAGAAGCUCGAACCGCGGAAUUUCUUCCUCCUCCUCGUCGUCGAGAAUGGAGCCUCCGAAGACUAAGAAAGUGAAGCACGAGAUGGAGAUGUUUGGCGACGUCAGAGUCGACAAUUACUACUGGCUUCGCGACGAUUCUCGAUCCGAUCCCGAAGUUUUGGAGCAUCUUCGUCGGGAGAAUGCCUAUGUGGACCACAUCAUGUCUGGAACCAAAAAAUUAGAAGAUCAGAUCUAUAGUGAGAUAAGAGGCCGCGUGAAGGAGGAUGACAUAUCAGCGCCUUUACGCAGGGGACCCUAUUAUUACUAUAAACGCACCUUGGAGGGCAAAGAAUAUACCCAACACUGCCGCCGCCUUGUGGCUAAUACUAAUGCACCGACAUCUGUUCAUGACACCAUGUCAACUGGAUCCGAUGCCCCUCCAGAGCAUGUCAUUCUUGAUGAAAAUGUUAAAGCUCAACAACAUGGAUUUUACAUUAUUGGUGCUUUCAAGGUUAGUCCAAACAAUAAACUGGUAGCUUAUGCAGAAGAUACUAAAGGUGACGAAAUUUACACAGUUUAUGUCAUUGAUGCCGAGUCACGAACACCAGUAGGGAAGCCUUUGUCUGGAGUUACCUCAGAUAUUGAAUGGGCCGGUGAUGAUGCUUUAGUCUACACAACUAGAGAUGAGAUCCUCCGGCCUGACAAGGUAUGGUUGCAUAAUCUGGGGACUGAACAAUCUCUGGACCAUUGCCUUUAUCAUGAAAAGGAUGACAUGUUUUCUCUUAAUCUUGCUUCUUCCGAGAGCAAGAAGUUCCUAUUUGUUGAAUCUGAGAGCAAAACUACAAAGUUCGUCUUUUACCUUGAUGUCUCGAAGCCUGAAGGUGGGCUAAUUGUCUUGACACCCCGGUUGAAUGGCAUAGACACAUCAGCAAGUCAUCGUGGGAAUCAUUUUUUCAUUAAGAGAAGAAGUGACGAGUGUUUCAAUUCUGAAAUACUUGCUUGUCCGCUAGAUAAUACCUCAGCUGCCACAGUCAUCCUACCUCACCGGCCUAGUGUAAAUAUUCAGGACAUGCAACUAUUUGCGGAUCAUCUUGUGGUUUAUGAGCGUGAAAAUGGUUUGCCCAAGAUAACAAUAUAUCGCCUUCCAUCUGUCGGAGAGCCACUGGAAAAACUUCAAGGUGGCCGGACAGUGGAUUUUAUUGAUCCUAUAUAUUCAGUGGAUCCUUCGGAGUCACAGUUCUCUUCUAACAUUUUGAGAUAUCGUUAUAGCUCAAUGAGGACACCUCCUUCGGUCUAUGAUUAUGAUAUGGACUCUGGGAUUUCAGUCCUCAAGAAGAUUGAAACUGUCUUGGGAGGCUUUGAUUCUACCAACUACAUAACUGAAAGACAGUGGGCUACUGCAGGCGAUGGCACUCAAAUACCCAUUUCAAUUGUUUAUAGAAAAGAUCUAGUGAAGCUUGAUGGUUCAGAUCCAUUACUUCUAUAUGGUUAUGGUUCCUAUGAGAUAUGCGUAGAUCCGUAUUUCAAGGCGUCAAGGUUGUCUUUGUUAGACAGGGGCUUCAUUUUUGCUGUUGCCCACGUUCGUGGAGGGGGUGAAAUGGGGAGACCGUGGUAUGAAAAUGGAAAACUGCUUAAGAAAAAGAAUACAUUCACGGAUUUUAUUUCUUGUGCUGAAUAUUUGAUAGAAAAGAAGUACUCUUCGAAGGAAAAACUUUGCAUCGAGGGAAGAAGUGCUGGUGGCUUGCUAAUUGGUGCUGUUAUUAACAUGCGGCCUGAUUUAUUUAAGGCUGCUGUGGGUGGGGUGGCUUUUGUUGAUGUAUUGACUACUAUGCUUGAUCCGACAAUCCCUCUUACAACUUCAGAGUGGGAGGAAUGGGGUGAUCCUCGAAAAGAAGAGUUUUACUUUUACAUGAAGUCAUACUCCCCGGUUGAUAAUAUUAAAGCACAAGAUUAUCCAGCUAUUCUAUUUACCGCCGGAUUAAAUGAUACACGUGUCAUGUACUCCGAACCUGCUAAGUUUGUGGCAAAGUUGAGAGAUUUCAAGACUGAUGAUAACGUUCUACUCUUUAAAUGCGAACUCGGUGCAGGGCACUUUUCGAAGUCAGGAAGGUUCGAGAAACUCCAGGAAGAUGCUUUCACAUUUACGUUUAUAUUACAGGCCCUAGACAUGAUUCCUUCACCCGCUUUAUAAUCCUGGUAAAUUAAGUACUGCUUUUUUUUACCAAUGAGAGAUAUUUUGAGAGAAUUGAUGAUGGUUCUUCAUUUACGAACAUGAACAUUGAUGUUAUCGUUGUCGAUUGAUUUUUAGCUGAAAAAUGACAUGUUAAUUUAUUUUGGACGAACAUAAACAUUGAUGUUA